AUGCAAAAUUACAACUUAGAUAAAAGCUCUACUGAAUUGACUGAAUGUCCUGCACAAGAAGUAGAAGAAGUAGAAAAAGUAGAAAAAGUGUGUAAGGAAGAAAAUAUACAGUUUUCCUCGCUGCGUUAUGAGAAUGCUAACUGUUUGGAAAAUGAUUGUAGCAAAAAGGAUGAGCAAGAGAAGGUGCAAACUGGGAAAAUUGGACAAACUGAGAAAAAUGCGCAAAAUUCGCAAGAUUGUAACUUCCUAACAUCGGAGGUAGGAGAACAUAACUCAAUUUUGGAGGGACGAAAUACAGAAAAAGAAGAAAACCCAAGUUACAUACCUUCAUGUGAAGAAGUAGCAAAAAUAAACAAAGAACCCGUAAUUCUAAUUGACAAAACUGAAAGAUGCUUAGUGGUCGAAUGGUAUGAAAAUGAUGUAAGAAGAGAACAGAGGAUUUCAUAUAAAAAGUACGGAAAUGAUAAAGCUAAGUUAAGAGCAAAAGAAUUAAUCGAAAAACUAAAAUCAGGAAUAACAUUUGAACAACUAUACCCAGAUAAAGGACCACCUGUAGUAAGGGUAUAUGAAAAUAUAGGAGCUUAUCAUGUAUCCUUAAUUAGAGAUAGAAUUGAAAGAGAAUGGAGAGUUGAAUGGAUAGAUAAUGGUAUUCCUAUGAAUGCUAGAUGGUCAUGUAAAAAAGUAGGUAAUGAUGAAGCUCAAAAAAGAGCAGAAGCUUUUGCCCAAAGUAUGAUUAAAGGUGUAUUUAAUCCUAUAUUAUUACAUAAAGCUACAGGGACAAGAUUUUCAAGAUUAGAUAGAACUGUUGUUAAAAUUAAUGUGUAUAUGAAAAAAAAUACUAAAAGAAGGAAUAAAGUUAAAAAUGCUAUUAAAGGAGAGAAAAAGGAUGUCAUAUUAAAAGAAAAAGGAAUUAGACAAGGUCUAAGAAGAAACAGAAUAAAUAACAACAUUAUGAACACAGAAACAGUCACAGGCGCUAUAGCAACUAGCAACAGAACUAAUAUUAUAAACAACAUCUCUAACUGUGUAAGUGAUAAUGGUAUCAUUGUUGGUGGAACGCAAAUUGUUCAUACACAUGUGAGUAGUGCUUAUGAUGUGGAAAACAUGUCAAACUUGUCAGGAGCGUGUAAUAAUAUAAGUUUACUACAAAGUAAUGAAAAUUUUGUUUUAAAUAAUUAUGAUAUAAAUCUGAACCAUGAUCAUAUAUUAGGCAAGAAGAAAAAUUAUUCUGCUAGAUGUAAAAGCACGAAAACUUGGAAAAAUAAAAAUAUAUAUCGAGGAUGUAAAAUGGUUAUGAACAAAAGAGAAAUUUGCAAAGCUGAUAGUAGUGAUAUGAUUAAUGCAACUGGGGAAGUAAGUAAUUUAAAGGAAGAUAUGCACAUCUACCAUCCAUUUACCCUUGCCAAUAAUCAACUUUCAAAUGAUGCUGCUAAGUGUUGUAGUUCAUCUGUACCAUUAAGUGAGAAUAAAAGCAUUUUGAAUAAUAAAAAUGUGCAUGUAGAAUCUACGAUACAUAAUAAUGGUGGUUAUUAUAUGCCUAGUACAAGCUUUGAAAAUUUCUUUGUAAAUAAUAGUUUAGAAGGCAAUGAUUACUCUGCUGAGUACUCUUAUUCAACUAAAGGGAAUAACCCAUCUGAGUAUGUGAGGUAUACGAGGGACCAAAAUAUGGAUCACAUCGUCGAUUCGAACAUGCAUAGUAAUAUACAGGAUUUUCAUUACAUGGGAGAGGAAAAUUUUGGAGGUGAUUAUACAAAUUCGAAUGAGUUUGUAAAAAACAUCCUGAACAAUGUAGGUAACAAUUGCAAUGCCAUGAACAGUGCAGGUAACAAUUGCAAUGAUAUGAACAGUGCAGGUAACAAUUGCAAUGAUAUGAACAGUGCAGGUGACAAUUGCAAUGACAUGAACAGUGCAGGUGACAAUUGCAAUGACAUGAACAGUGCAGGUAACAAUUGCAAUGACCUAAACAAUAUCAAUAGUUCUAAUUUUAAAAGUAAAAAUUAUUAUCCCUUCAAUAAUACCAAUCCUUAUUUAAUUAAUCACAACAACAGUGUUGGUUCUGUAUCCAAUUCGAACUACUUACAGAAUAAUUUUAGUUAUAAUAAUAUCGAAAUGAACAAUAAUAAUGGUGAAAUACAGAAGAAAAAAAGAGUGUAUAAAGAGAAGGGUUGCACCUUGAGGAAAUAUAAGAAAAAUAUUAUGGAGGAUAAUAAUUUGACUCCUUUAAAUGUUCCUAAGAAAGGUGGAAGGAAAAAAGAAUAUAAAUAUGAAAAAAAAUUAACUUGUUUAAAUAGCAAAGUACAGGAUAAGGAUACAAAGAGGGAAAGAGGUGCUAAUCGAAUUUACAAAAAUAAUGAUUCGAUAGAUGACGGACAUAUGUUUAAUUAUUCUAUGUAUUGUAAAGUUAAUUUAAGAAAAAAUAAAAGAGGACUUCAAAAAGAGGUGGGGUAUACAAUUCUGAGGUACAAAGCAGAUCAGUGCGUGAAAAACUAUGAACGAAAAAAACACAAUUGCGUUACGAAUGAUCUUUUGACUUCAAAAAUGAUUAAUGUAGAAAGAAUAGAUAUGGAUCAGACAGUCCAAAACUAUCAGGAGGAACAAAAUGGAGGCGUAACUAAUGGAUAUAACGAAGGGACUUACAAGCAGGGGAAAGAUGUAGAUAAAUACACAAAACAGUACCCGGAGCAAUGCAUGGAACAAUACGCGGAUCAGUUGAACAGUCGAAAGAGAGAAGAGAAACAUUGCAAGUUAAAUAAACUUAGCGAAAAAGUAUAUUCUUUAGAUGCAGUAAAUAAUAAAUGUAAUCCCGUUUUCAACCAUAUAAAUGGAACUAGGGCAUCUUACAGCAUGUUUGAUUCUUGUGUGGAUAAAAUGGGUGCCAUGUAUACUGCCUGUAACCCAUGCACAAUGAACGAUGUGAACAAUGCUCAUAUGUUGGUGCACUCUAAUUGCGCUAAUUUGUCGAGCAACAACAGGGGUGCGAAUAUUAGUAACGGUAGUAUCAUUAACGACAUUGGCAUUAAUGGUAGUGGUAUUGGCAUUGAUGGUGCUUCAUACUGUAAGAACAAGGAGGGAAGUAAUACAUACAACAAUGAAAAUGAAAGGAAUGAGCGUCUAAUGAAUCUGAGGAGCACGAGGAGUAGAAAUAAAGCAGCCAAGAGUGACAAUACGAAUGUUAUUACUAAUAGCAUUACGAAUGGCAUUACGAAUGGCAGUGUGAACGACAAUGUAAAUAAUCAGUACAAACAGGAGAAUAAUAGUACUAAUUUAAUGCAAAACAGCAUGGUCGAAUUUGUUGAAAACCCCAGGGGAUAUAGAGUACCUUAUCAAUAUCGUUCCCAAAAUUAUUAUGAAUAUUUUGAAGUACCAUUAAAUUCAAAUAAAUGUUUUGAAAUGGAACAAAGGUAUUAUGCAAAUUUGUUCUCUUUACAUAUAUUGGCAGUAGGAUGGAAUGUUAAUAAAAAUGAUAAGAUUGAAAAUUACAUGCAUGCAUUAUCUGAUCCGUCUUUUCAAAACAUACCUAUGAAAAACUCUUUUUGUAAUUCUGUAAAUAGUCCCCCUUUUGAUAUAUCUUUGUACAAUGAUAAAGUAAAUUGCAAUUUAGUAGAUGGAAAAGAAGGAGUUAACCCUAAUGUAUUGGAGAAUAAUUCUCCCUAUUUUUCCAGCAAUUGUAAAAAUGUGUUCAAUAAUUAUAGUAAUAGUAAUGAUAGUAAUAGUAACGAUAGUAAUAGUAAUGAUAGUAAUAGUAAUGAUAGUAAUAGUAAUAAUUGUGCUAGUAGUAACAAUAGUGCGAAUGGUAGUAAUAAUAAUAAUAAUUAUUAUUAUUAUUAUAAUUAUAAUAAUGGUGGUAAUUACUGCUUUAAUAUCAACAGUGGGGAUCAUACCCUAGUUAAUGCUAGUGAAUCUAUGUACAACUGUACCAAUGCACUAAACCCAGUGGACGGUACAGCUAAUUUUAAGGAUGCCCCUUUUCUGAUGGAUGCAAUUGAGCUAAAUACUGUAAGUAGUGUAAACCAUGCAAAUGAGAUGAACAACGGCAACGAUGUAAAUGACGUACACAAUUUGAAAAAGAUCAACGACGUGAACGAAAUGAAUGACUUAAAGGAUAUGAACUACUACAAUGAUGUUACCCCUUUUGGCGAUAGGAAAAAUUCUUGCAAUGUAAGCAACCUGAUGGAGAGUUCGAACGAUAUAAGCAAUGUUAACGGUGUUAAUAGUUUGAAUAAUGUAAAUACGAUGGAAAAUGAAAAUAAUAUAAACCAUUUAAGCAGAGCACAAGAUUUGAAUUGUGUGAAUGGCAUGAAUCGAACAGAUCAAACGACAAAUGUAAACGAAUCAGUCAGCAUGAAUGAUUGGAACAGCAUGGACAAUAUGAGCGGUAUAAACGGUAUGAGCGACAUUAACAGUAUAUACUCUAUGAGCAAUAUUAAUAAUUUUACAUUCAUGAACAAUGUCAAUAAUAAUAGGGGUGUAGGUAAUGUAAAUAGUUUAAACUUGGACAACAUGAAUAACAUAAACAAUUUGAAAAACGUAAAUCACACGGAAGCUGUGAACAAUAUGCACGAUCAGAAUGAUAUGACUACGUUAAGUGGUGCGUAUCAUUUAAAUCGGUUAGGUGAGUUGAAUAAUGAACCAGAUGGGAAUUAUCGUAUUAGCAAUUACCACGAUGUAGACAUUGCCAAUGAUAAAAGUAAUACGAAUAAUAUGAACAGUAUGAACAGUAUGAACAGUGGGACGAAUCUAAGGAAUUUUGGCUAUAUGAAUAGCGUGAGCAAUUUGGGGUGCAUAAAUGAUAUUUCAAAUGAUGACAAUGUUUUUAAAGAUUUAGAAAAUUCAAAGAAGGUGAACGAAGUUAACAUAUUGCAUUUGGGAGGUGUUGAUUUUAGUCAUAUGAAUAAUUACCAUAAUUCUUUAAAUCCUAUAGAAAUAAAUAAUAAAAAGAAUGUAAAUACAGCUAUUGAUGAUAAUAAUUGUACACAAUUGACAUAUGAUAACAUAAACAGUUACGUAGACAUGAACAGUCAAGUAUGUUAUCCGAGGAGUGAGGAAAGGAAUAAAUCAAUGAGUUGUACGAAAAGCAUAAACCUACCAGAUAGGAGCAGCAUGAACGCUAUAAGCGGCUUGAACGGUGUGAACGAUAUGAAUAAAAUGAACGAUAUGAAUAAAAUGAACGAUAUGAAUAAAAUGAACGAUAUGAACGAUAUGAAUAAAAUGAACGAUAUGAACGAUAUGAAUAAUAUGAACGAUAUGAACGAUAUGUACGAUAUGAACGAUAUGAAUAAUAUGAACGAUAUGAACGAUAUGAAUAAUAUGAACGAUAUGAACGAUAUGUACGAUAUGAACGAUAUGAAUAAUAUGAACGAUAUGAGCGCUAACUUGGACUAUAAUAAAAGUGUGGGUGUAUAUCAUCGUCCCAUGAAUAAUGGAGGCAGUAUGAUGUACUUAGACAAUUCGGGCAUGACCUCCUAUGGUGAUAUGUUUGCGUUAAAUGAUGACUACAGUUUGAUAGGCCAAGUAAAUAGCGAUAUAAAAGAAAAUAGUGGAAAUAAUGAAAAUGAUCAAAAUGAUGAACGUGAACAAGAUAGUCAGAAUAUAUAUGAGGUAACAACAUGUACUGACAGAAUGGACAAUUAUUACCAUGGUAAUAACAAAAAUUGUACUAUUUCUUUUAAUAAUAUUGGUGGGAAGGAAUAUUACUCAAGUAUUCCUUACGAGUUAAGAGAUAUUAAGAAAUUAGAUUAUGAUAAUGAUGAUGGUGGUGGUGUCUUGUGUACUAGUUUAGAGAGUCCAAACGAAAUAAUAAACAAUGAUCGUAAUGAUUUGCUUAUGAUAAGUCGCGAUAAUGAUUCCAAUAAUAACACAAAUGAGUACAUAAUUAAUAAUGCCAGUUUAAUUGCCCCGAAUGACAAGCUGCUAAUUGAUAAGAGUGAAUCGCUUUCAGCCAUUACAAAUAUAAAAUGUGGUGAAAACAAAAGUGUGUUUACCAACCGUUCCACUAAUAAUAAUAAUAAUAAUAAUAAUACUAAUACUACUACUAAUAAUAAUAAUACUAAUACUACUAAUACUACUACUACUACUACUAAUACUACUACUAAUACUACUACUAAUACUACUACUACUACUAAUAAUAAUAAUAAUAAUAAAGAUGAAAAUGAAUUAAAUGUAGAGGAAUCAUCGCCUUUAUCGCUUCAGUCCGCUUUUACAAUGAAGUAUAGCACCCAAGCAUAUUCGAAGCGGAAUGAAGCGGGUCAACAUAUAGGGAUGGAAUAUAUUUACUAUAAUGAUUGUACUCGUGUAAAUAGUGAUGCAAACAGCGGUGUGCAUAAUGCUAACAACGAUGCGAAGAACGAUGAGAAGAACGAUGAGAAGAACGAUAUAAACAACGCUAGUAGUAAUAACAACAACAGAGAUAACAUUCGUAGUAACAUUCGCGGCAAUGAGAACUCCAACGAGCAUGCCAGCUAUAACUACAAUGAAAAUAGUUCAAGUAAUAGUGCACAUGAAAACAAUGAGUGCAAUAUUUAUAGUAAGCAUGAUAUCGAAUAUAACAAUAUGAUGAACAAGUUGGAAAACUAUGAUGAACUUGAGAGAGAAAACAAUUCUUGUAAUAACAUAGUAAAUAGACAAGCUCAAUCUCAGUUUAAUGAUUCGUAUUAUAACUUAAGUAUGUACAACAAUGAGGGUAAUUUACUGAACGAAAAUUGUCUAGAUGAAAAUUUACUAGGUAAGAAUGGUUUGCAUAACUUUGGUAAAGGCUUGAAUAAAUAUAACGACACGGUGAUUUAUAACAACUGCUUUAAAAAGACGUCCAACCCAGUCACAACAGCCAUAUGUCCAUCAACGUCUAAUAUAAAAGAUGUUAAUAAUUAUGAAUAUUAUUCCAGUAAGAAAAUGAUAGAUAAAUUAAGAUCUACAUCUAAUUCUAGCACAAUCAAUACUGAGUAUUUACCAAGUAACCUAUUAAAUUCAAUAAGCAUGAACAAUGGGUAUCCAUCGAACAAUGUAAACGAGCAAGCGGAAAAGUGA